UUUCAUUGCAGAAUUUAAAAUAGAAGGGUUUUUUAUAACAAGGUUCAUGUAAGUUUAUAGCAGUUCAUAUGCAAACAGCUUCCCUGUACAGCUAGUACAUUUGCAAAGAGCAUUAAGCCUGCAAUCAAAUAUCUAAAAUGUGGAGCACACUUAAAUCUGGGAUGUGUGUUAGAGUACAUUAAGAAACGCUGCUUUUACUAAGUUCUUGGCAUUAUCAUAAGAGAUUUAGCACAGCCAAGGAUGGGGCAAGCUGAAUAGCCCACAGAGGGGACUCAGACAUUUUGGAUCCUGACUCGUUUAACUUUGUUUACACAGUUGACUCCAUUCAUUCUCUGAAACAAGUCACUUCCCCUGUGGUGGCUGAUAAGAGUUUAGCAGCUUGUUGAGGUGGAGUGUCAGAGUCAUUAGUAUUAAACACAUUCCCAGCCACACCACUGCCCCCUGUGCACCGCUUGCACUGGAAGCUGUUUGGAAAAGAAGAAAUAGAGAUCUGUGAAGGGAAAUCAUGCAUCAUCCUCCUGGCUGGAAACCACUGAAGACUAUAAGCUGCUUUCAUCAUGUGGAUUCACCGGAGAAAUGACCUUCCUAGAUCAGCCAGGCCAAAUCAUAAACUGGUUUGUUUGCUCGCUGUGCACCCCAUGGGUGCUGAGGUUCUGCAGGGGUAGGCGUCCCAGGACCAGGAGGAAUCUGCUGCUGGGUGUAGCCUGUGUGCUAUACCUGGGGUUUCUGGUCAGUCAAGUGGGUCACAUUUUACCCCAGCACAGAGGGGGACGCCAGAAGAUCAGUUCCAGGAGUCUUCAAGAUGCUGGUCAGACACCUUUUCUGGGGAUCCCACUGGAUGGCACUUUGUCCCCACCUGAUCUCCAAGAGCCCCAGAUGGCUGGCAAUGGGACCUCAGUGCCACCCAACGUGGUAUACAUCACACUGCGGUCCAAGCGCAGUAAACCCACCAACAUCCGAGGCAGCGUGAAACCCAAGCUCAGGAAGAAGCAUGCAUUCCCUUUGCCCUAUGGGCAGCACUUUCCAGUAGGUGUCACUGGGCAGGAGGAGAACUUGUCCCAGCAGCAGGGGCGGACUAGCUACUCCAUGGGAAUAAUGAGGGCAGCAGUAGUUCCAGAGACACCAAGGCACCAACUGAAGAAGCACUGGGAUGGAGAGAGGGAGGCAGUGGGCAGGGGACACCGAAGGCAUAUUGGGGUUUCAGGAGGUGUAAAUGUGCAACCCCAGGCUCGGGAGAGUAAUAUCAGGAUAUACAGUGAGAGGUCCCCCUCUUGGCUGAGCAAAGAUGACAUCCUAAGCAUGCAUUUGCUGGCAGAUUCCCGGAUAGGCAGUAUCCGAGAAGCACCCUCUCAGCAUGGAGUCCUACUGGUGUUUGAGAGGAAUCCCAGUGCCACAGGAGCAGCUUGCAGUCAAGGGUACUGUGGCCUCAUCAAGAGACCCCUUGAUAUGAGCGAGGUGUUUGCCUUCCAUUUAGACAGGAUCUUGGGGCUGAACAAGACCUUGCCUUCUGUAAGCAGGAAAUCGGAGUUCAUCCAAGAUGGUCUGCCAUGUCCUGUUAUUCUCUGGGAUUCCUCAUUGGCUCCAACAAAUAAUAGGACCCAUUCUUCAGUGAGGCUAAAUUGGGGGGCCUAUCAGCAGCUAUUGAAACAGAAGUGCUGGCAGAAUGGCAAAGUGCCCAAAGCUGAAUGGGGCUGUACUGAGAUCCAUCACCAUGAGUGGUCCAAGAUGGCACUCUUUGAUUUUCUUCUGCAGAUCUACAAUCGACUGGACAGAAAUUGCUGUGGGUUCAAACCUCGCAAGGAGGAUUCCUGUGUUCAGAAAGGACUGAAGCUGAAAUGUGAAGAUCAAGAUUCUGUUGACCUGACACACAUUAUUCAGAGAAGGCAUGACCCUAGGCACUUGGUCUUUAUAGAUAAUAAAGGUUUCUUUGACAGAAGCGAAGACAAUCUGGAUUUCAAAAUAUUACAAGGAAUCAAAGAGUUCCCUGAAUCUGCAAUUUCAGUGCUGAAAAGCCAGCGCUUGCGAGAGAAGCUUCUUCAGUCUCUGUUCCUUGACAAAGUAUAUUGGGAGAGCCAAGGAGGUCGCCGAGGAAUUGAAAAACUUAUUGAUGUGGUAGAAAGGCGUGCCAAAAUUCUUCUUACCUAUAUAAAUGCACAUGGAGCCAAAGUAUCACCCAUGAGUGAAUGAAAGUCUUUUUUUCCCCUAACGCUAAGAAUUACAGUUAUAUAAGGCAAGAACUGAUGGCAAAAUUGCUUUUUCUUUUAAAAUUCUUUUAAUUUCCAAAACAUAACAGUAACCAGGUAAGCCUGGGUUUUUUAGACAUUUGAAAAAAAUGUUAUAUAGUAUAAAAGUGCCAGUUCUCUAACUUUCUCUAAAAUCAUUCUUAAAUGCAUUUAUUGCUGUGUUCUUCUAACAAAGAUGUCUAAGCAGUGUAAUAAACAAUGCAAUAAUUUAAUACAAA